AAGGUCAGUCCCUGAAGUCACUCAGUGAGUAAAAUAGGAGUGCAUAAAGUAAUCAAAAAAGUUGGCUACAGUACUGAAUGCCUUUUCUGAGUCACUAGAAUGUCAUUCCUGGGCUAUACAGCUCUCCUUCUAUGUUGGGUAUAUUGUACUGCAGAAAGAGCUUGUGAACAAUCUCCUCCUAGGAGAGUUAAAGAAGUGCCUACUGAAACAUGGAACAACCCUCCCUAUCCACAUGGUACUCAAGUAACAUACAGGUGUCGGCCUGGAUAUAUAAAAUAUGGACGAAUUUUGUUUGAGUGUGAUAACGGAGCAUGGAAGCAACGCCACCCACUGACAGAAUGCAGAAAUAAGCCCUGUGGACAUCCCGGAGAUACUGAGUUUGGUUCCUUUCAACUUACCAGUGGAAAUGAGUUUGUCUUUGGUGCUAGAGUGGAGUACAGAUGUAAUGAUGGAUACCAGAUGCUUAGCCAAAAAAAUUACCGUGAGUGUCUGGCAGAUGGAUGGAGCAAUGAUAUCCCUCACUGUGAAGUGGCAAAGUGUUUACCUGUAAAAGCACCAGAAAAUGGAAGAAUAGUUAUGACUGGUGCAUUUGAGCUAAACCAAGAAUAUUCCUUUGGCCAGGUUGUAGAGUUUAAAUGUAAUGAAAAAUACAGGCUUGUUGGAUCUAAAGAAAUACAUUGCUCUUCUGAUGGAAGAUGGGAUAGUGAUGUACCUCAAUGCCAAGAUAUUAUCUGUAAUGUACCAGCAAUUCCUCAUGGAUUUGUGCGUAACUCAAAGUCAUCUUACAAGGAGUCUGAACAACUGCAGUUUGGUUGUGAAAAAGGAUACACAUUUGGUGAAAGAGCAGAUGCACUAUGUACUGAAUCUGGAUGGCAUCCAACCCCCUACUGCACUGAAAUUUUAUGCUCUCCUCCAAGAGUUCCCAAUGGGAACUUUAGACCUCAGGAAGACAGCUACAGAGAAGGGGCUAUGAUCACAAUAGACUGUGAUCCUGGAUAUCUUUUGAGAACGCUGUCUGGCAAAAAUACAGCUCAAUGCACCAGCAGAGGCUGGGUGCCUGCUCCAGAUUGUGUUGAGAAACCCUGUGACUACCCAGUGAUAGAAAAUGGCAAGAUAAGUGAAAGAAUGGCACGCUUUUACUUUCCAAUGAGGAUUGGGCAGUAUGUUGAGUACCACUGUCGUAAUGGCUACUCAACCCCGAGUGGAGAAAGAGUCGUUCGAAUGGUCUGUUCUAAAGGGGGCUGGAAUCCAGAGCCAAAAUGCCUCAAAAUGUGCUCUGUAACACACCCGGUAAAUGGUUAUUUCUACUCUGAUCGUUAUACUUACAAGGAAGGUGAAAGAAUUCAAUAUGUCUGUGACCAAGACUAUCGUACUGAAAGUGAAGGUGGUGAAGUUACAUGCACAAAGAAUGGCUGGUCACCUUUCCCAAGAUGUAUCCGUAAGAAAACAUGCAAGAAUAUUGUGCUGGACAAUGCUUCUUUCCCCUCGGCAACGGGUACAUUUGGCUUGCAGGCAAAAGUCACCUAUACGUGUCAUGAUGGCUUUGUAACUCCAGAAGGAAAAGACACAGGAGAGAUACAGUGUCAAGAGAAUGGCUGGACUCCAACUCCAAAGUGCAUCCGAUCAUGUAGAAAACCUCAUGUUCACGUUUUGGAUGGCCAUGUAGAUAAAAGUGUGUUCCUGCCUGGAGAUACAAUUGCAUAUUCAUGUUCAGAGGGAUAUCAAACUGCAGAUAAUAUGACAACUGGUACUACAAGUUGUGAAAUAAAUGGUGAAUGGAAACCAGCACCCAAGUGUCUUGCAAUAGAAUGUGAAAUGCCAAUAUUGCCCAAUGGAUAUAUUUCUCCCAGGGAGGGUAAAUAUAGCAAUGGAGAUGUUGUGAAUUUUUUCUGUGAAAAAAAAUACAAAAGAGUGGGACCUGCCUCUGCUCAGUGCUAUUACUUUGGAUGGUCUCCAUCACCACCAACAUGUAAAGAGAAUCCCAGAGGCUGUGGACCUCCACCUGAGAUUACCAAUGGAAGUGUUGCUGCUGGCUCUCUGCAACAGUAUCAGCAUGGGAGUAGAACAGAAUAUGAAUGUGACACCAUAUUUAAAUUGGUUGGAUCAAAGGAAAUAGAAUGUGUUGAUGGACAGUGGUCACCUCCUCCUUCUUGCAUUGAAGACAAAACACCAUGUGGCUCACCUUCCUCUAUCCCGAAUAUUGUUCUUCACCAGGAAGACCAGCCCCAGUUUUCUCAUGGUGAUGAAGUAUUAUAUGGAUGUAAAAAAGGUGAUGCUAGAAGAAUGAGGACAAAAUGUCUUAAUGGGGAAUGGAAGCCUUUACCUCUUUGUGAUGCUACAUCGCAUCGCUGUGUGCCUCCAAUGGAUGUUGAGGUUGUACAACCUAGUUCUUUUUCCAAGCCAAAAAAGGAGACUGAGCCACAUGAAGUUAUACAGUAUAAAUGUACAUCAGCUGACAACAAUAUUAAAGAGGCAACUUGUGUGUCUGGAAAAUGGUCACCAGAGAUUGAUUGUACAGGUGAAAACAGUUGCCCACCUCCACCUCAGCUGCGUGGUGCUAAACAGAUACCAAUUGAAAGAAAUUACAAGAAUGGGAGUAAAAUAACUUUUUCGUGUCUUGAGAGUUUCCAGCUCAUUGGUGGGAAUGAAAUAACAUGUAUAAAUGGGAGAUGGCAGUCACCACCACGCUGCGUUGAAAAUCCCUGUUUGCCACCGCAACCUGUAGAAUAUGUAGAUGAUCUCAGGCUGGAAAAUCAAAACUUAAAAAUGGAAAAAGAAGGGAAAACAAUUUAUCUGGCUGGUGCUACACUAAAUGUGGUUUGUCAUCCUGGAUAUAAGUUAGAUGGACCAUCAAAGAUAACUUGUUCUAUGGGAAACUGGACUUCAGCUCCUACAUGCUCCGAAAUAUCAUGUGGAAGGAUUCCAGCAGUUGCCAAUGCUGCAUAUGAAGGCAGGAGCAAGGAGAAGUAUGAACCUGGUGAAACAAUUCGCUACCAGUGUCAUGAAGGAUUUCAGGUCACUGGUCCCCCUGAAAUUUUUUGCAGAAGGGGAAAUUGGUCAACACCACCAUUUUGUGAAGACGUCAGCUGUGGAGCCCCACCUGAAAUUCUCAAUGCUCAUAUUACCAGCACUCAACAGGAGAAAUAUCUGCCUGGUGCCAAAGUGCAUUAUGAAUGUGAAAGUAAUUCUCAAAUUAUGGGUGUAAAUUAUGUCACUUGUUCAGAUGGACACUGGACAAAAGUGCCAAGUUGCAGAGAUGUGACGUGUGAACCUCCUCCAGAAAUUGCUGGUGGAAAAGUUCAAGGUGUUAAAAAGCCAAGGUAUUUGCCUGGGGAGACAGCUCACUAUCAGUGCUGGCAAGGUUUUCAGAUGACGGGGGCUUCCACCGUAACAUGUCAGAAUGGGACCUGGACAGAGCUGCCCCAGUGCAAAGGGAAGGGUAGAAAAUGUGGCCCACCUCCAGAUAUUGAAAACGGAGACAUCCUUUCCUUCCCAUUGCCAGAAUAUGACCAAGGUCAAACUGUGAAAUACAAAUGUGCAAGUUUCUACAUCCUGGAAGGACCUGAGCAAAUCACUUGUACUGACGGGCAGUGGACAAAUCCCCCAGUUUGCUUGGCGGCUUGUACGGCCUCUGAAGAAGAUAUGGACAGAAACAAUAUUGAGCUGAGAUGGAGAGGAGAAAGAAAGCUGUACUCGACAUCAGGAGAUUUUAUUGAAUUUGAUUGUAAAAUAGGAUAUGUGCAGGACCCAGCAUCUUCCCCAUUCAGAGUGCAGUGUAUGGACGGGACAUUAGAAUACCCAUGGUGCAAGCCAGGAAGGAACUGUAGAUUGAGUGAGACAGAAAUGAAGAGGAACAAUAUUAAACUAAGACAGUCAAGGAGAAGAUCUAACACAUAUCGCUCUAAGGAGACUAUUUCAUUUACAUGCUAUUUUUCCUACCGGGAAGUCUCAAACCCAGAGGAUUUUGAGGCACAGUGCAAGGACGGAGUGAUUAACUACCCCCGAUGUGAAUGGUAUUUUGGAUAAAUGGAAAGGACAUGAAGGAGCCCAGCUGGAGAAAUGAAAGAUCCUUUGACCAACCCAGUGAUUUGAGCACAGUUUUCCCUGGAGUUUGCUGUUUCAUUGUGCUUUGUUUGCAGCUUAGCCAAUGUUCUGUGUUGGAAUUUGCCUUUUUUUUUUCCUUUGAAUUGUUGUAUGAUUGUUUUUACACUUAACCUUUUUUGUAAAGGUAUUUGCAUUUUAUUCAAUUCAAAUGACUGUACUUCCUUCUUACUUUUGUUCUGUAUUGAUCUCACUGUUAUUUUAUUAACAUUUGCAUCCUGAAGUAGGCUGGCUUUGGUGGCAUACUGAGACAUGAAUUAAAGCGUGCAGCUAAUUUGCUCAUCAGC